UUUUACUUUUACCGUCAAAACUGAGUUAACUCCCUUUUGUGUAAUUUUGCCAUUUGUACUAAUGUUGUGUGAGUCAACAGAAUUUUCAAAGCAACACGUCAAUUCCAGAUCCAUCAUUUAUGCCUUGAAGUAAUAAUAAAAUAUUAAUAAGAUCAGAAUAGAAGGGAAACAACAAUACUCAAAAGUAUGGCAGAAAAGAAAGAUAAUGAAGUAAAGAUUGGGACUGAAGAAGGUGAUUCGAAAAUUGAGAUACAGGAAUGCAGCGGUGAUGGAGCAAAGUCAAAUCUUCCAAAAGCUGGCAACUUAGAUGAUUUGUUGUCCACAUUAAAGAACCAGAUUUCAAACUCUGAUUGGUUGGAGAAAAACACAGCAGAUAAAUGGGUACAGGAGAAUCCCGAUUUAGCAAAAGAAUACAUAGAUGCUACCAAGAAGUCAUGACGUUCUUUAAAGUGUGACAUAAACAAGUUACAGAUCUGUGGACAGCAGGAUACAUCUCCUAAAUGACUAUUAAACAAUUUUUCUCUUUUCAUUCCUUUUAUUCUUUAAUUUCUGUGAUAAUUAUUAGCUUUGUGAACAAACUAUAAUGAAUAAAUGAAAAUGUUUGAUUAACUGAAUGGUAGCUUGUUGAUUUAGUAUAUUUAGAUAACUGUCAAAAUUUGAUUUUUUUAGCAAAGAGAAACUUGAUUUUUAAACAUUUGCUGUUUAUGAUGUUUGUAUAUUUCAUUAAAUAAUUAAAUGAGAAAUAAAAUACUCGCUG